CCUCAGGAAAAUACUAUAUAUACUGACUUCAGGUGUAGCUUUUUCAUUAGAACAACUUCUAAACCAGUUAAGUGCCUUUGCGAAGAUGUCUGUACUCACCUUGGCUGUGUGUUUAACUGCACUGCUUCAGAACUCUGUUUCUCAGGCUGCUCUGUCGGAUAUAUUGACUAACAACCCCAAGGUUCAGCAAAGCAUUGUUGACAAACACAAUGCCUUGAGGAGAGCUGUGACCCCAUCUGCCAGCAACAUGUUAAAGAUGGCAUGGAGUGGAGAAGCAGCUGCUAAUGCUAACACAUGGGCCAAUACUUGCUCUAUGAAUCACAGCCCUUCUGACAAGAGAAAUAUCAAUGGUAGCAGGUGUGGUGAGAAUCUUUACAUGUCCUCCGUUGCUAAUUCCUGGGAUACGGCAGUCCAAGCCUGGUAUGAUGAAGUCAAAGAUUUUAAGUAUGGAGUUGGAUCAACGAAUGGUGCUGUUGUUGGGCAUUACACCCAGGUUGUGUGGUACAGGUCUAACAAAGUUGGCUGUGCAGUUGCUCGUUGCCCUGGUUCUAAAUAUGAAUACUUUUAUGUAUGCCAGUACUGCCCUCCAGGAAACAACCAGGAUUCAUUAACCACACCCUACAAAACUGGUCCAUCAUGUGGUAGCUGCCCAAAUGCUUGUGAUAACAAGCUCUGCACAAACCCAUGUCCCUACUCAGACAUGUAUUCCAACUGUCCGGCUCUGAAAGUGAGUUUUGGAUGUGGCAACCCGUCUGUUUCGGCUUGGUGUCCUGCUUCAUGCAAGUGUACAAAUGAAAUCAAAUGAACAGCUCCCAGGAACUUUACUGGCAUGUAACAUCAAUACAAUUCAUUGAUUAUACUGUACUUUUAACCUAAUCUAUCUAAACACUAAUAUGUCAUAUGUAUAUAU